UCUAUUUAUAUUGUGUCUGAUUGAGGGGAUUUUGUAUACUUCGUGUCAAAAUUGGGUCUGAAGUAAGAUAUAUGCCUUUAAAAUACGUUUAUCACUAAACUGCGUUACAGCUCAGGUUAUAGAGAGAAAGUCAGUCGUUUUUUAUUGCCACGCCACAAAGCUAACGUGAGCUAACGUGUUUGUUAUCUGAUGCUAAUCUGUGUCAGUCUUAUCCUCGGGCUCGUGUUAGCUCCGUUCAAGUUUAUUCCCUUGGUAAAGUCGUGUUGUAUCUUAUUUAUUCUUUGUAGCAACUAGAGACCUCAAAACCCCACUUGUUUCUCUUUCCUUAACUUCCUUUGUGUUUUAGAAUAGUUUAUAUGUAAUAAUCACCAACUUUGACUCGCUGAAUGACGUGACAUGGUUGUAACUCAACUCGGGGUGCUAACAUUGUUUAAUACGUCUUAAUACUGGUUGUAAACACUCUCAAUCAUGUUGUAUUCUUCACAACAAUAUUGUAGCUUUCAUAACUCACGUUAACUACAACACUGCUAUUUUAACUGUGAGCAUGUCGAUAUUAAAUGCUUCCCUGUAGUUAGGUGUCUGUAAUUACAAUUUUAUUACAUUUGUACCUAUCCCAAACGAGGAGAUAACAUUUUAUUUAACUUAUUCCAAACACAGUUGUAUGAUCUCUCUUGAAACACUCAUUGGAUGAAACAAUGCAUUGAAAUAGAUGUCUGAACACAAGUAAUGAUCAUCAUUUAUGUUUUAUUAGUCUUAUAACAUGGAGAUAGUUCCCAGUCACCCUUUUGAAACACUGCAUGGCGAUGAUGUCACCUCUUGGGUAUCUACGUGUCCCAGAGGCCUCUGGAAAGUCCAGCGAAAGCAGACACACAAUGAGAGUCAACCGACUGUUUCUCAUUCUGGAGAUGGUGCAUCAUGUUCAUCCAGUAACUGUCCACGGUUGGGUUCACUGUGUGAAGUCCGAGUGCGGCUCAAAGCUGGCUCGGAUGAAGCGGAGAGUUCAGGACCUGUAGAGGGAAUCGGGGCGCAGUCAGUCCAACCUGACCAACGGGUCGCAAAGACGGACGCGACAGCCAUCCCAAGAUGCAGUGACUCUGUGCUGCAGGUGCCACUGGGUGACUGGACGACAUUGAGGCUGGGAGAGGGUCAGUGCGAUAUCACAGAAGCAUGUGUGGAGGGGAUGAGAGCGGGAGAGAAGUGUGAGAUCCUGAUUUCUCCUCUUGAAAAUGGACCAGAUGUCUCUUUCCCCCAUCCUGCUGAGGAAACCAUGCCUUUGUGUGCUACAGUUGAACUCAAAGCUUUCACACCAGGCAAGGAAUCCUGGGAGAUGUCUCCUGUUGAAAAGUGUCAGUGGGUGAAGUCGCACAAAGAGACGGGCGGAGUGAGAUUCAGGAGCGGCGAUGUUUGGGGAGCAGCAGACCACUACAGCCGGGCCCUCACACUCCUCAUUACUCUCCAUGGCCAUGUUAAAGAGGUGGAGAAGAAAGGACAAGAGCAGGAAGCAGAGGAGCAGAGAGACACAAACACUGGUGAUCAAGUACAGCAACUUCCUUCUGCUAAUGAAUUCAAAACCAUUAAAGCAGAGCUCCACUCUAACAUGUCCUUGUGCCAGCUCAAACUGAACCAACCGCAGAGGGCCAAGGUCAGCGCUACUAAAGCUACUCAUCUGGAACCGGGGGGGGCUAAAGCCUGGUACCGGAUGGGCCAAGCCUGCCAGAUGUUGAAUGAGCUUGAGGAAGCAAGACAGGCAUUUAGGAAACUGUUGGAGCUCCAGCCAGAAUCACCUGCUGCUCUGAAGGCACUUCAAGACAUAGCAAGUAGAGAGAAAGAGAUAAAUGCCCAGUUGGGGUUUAGACUCAGCAAAAUGUUCAGCUGACAGUUAAAUAUUUUCUAAUUAUUAUCAGAUGUUAUCUAUCUAGACUGGUACGUUUCUUCUCAUGAUUCAUCAUUUCAUUAAAGCAUGUGUAAAGCAACUACAUCAGCUCAAAAGUAAAUAAUAAUCUGUGAAUGCACAUUUUUCUCCCAACACAUUGCUUCUUCUGUGUGUGAUGCCUGAAUGCCACUUAAAAGUAAAAAGCACAUGUCAAAAAGAAAUGUGGGUUGAAUGAUGUGAUUUAACAGGACUGCUGGUUGAAUAAGGUCCAUGUGAGUGAAAUGUGCCCAAUGUUCAGUGUAUUUAGUUCUUCUGUCGGACCACAAGGUGCCAGGCUUUGUCAGGUCUUCUCAAACUGAUAUGGUCCGCAGUCAAAAUGCUGAAUGCCGAAACCCGGGAUCGAACCAGGGACCUUUAGAUCUUCAGUCUAACGCUCUCCCAACUGAGCUAUUUCGGCAUAUGUACAUUUUUGUCAACAUUGUCAGUUCAUAUACGUACAGAAUCUGCUCCAUUGUUCAUUGCAAUAGUUUGAUUUUGUAAUGCAAAAGCAUGCAUGUAGAGUUUGAUUAUGUCCUCACAAGGAUAUAUAUAUAUAUAAAUAACAUGUGUGUAAUA